GCUGAGUUCACUGUGACUGCGCCGGUUACCGGCUUCGCGUACGUGACACCCUAACAGACGAGCUGACACACAGUACGUUCGGAUAGCCUGUAUGAUCGAACUCAAAUGAUUAAGUCGUUUCACGAACCUCGAAUAAGUCGCGAUACAAGCUCCGAAUAAGUCGCUCUGCAAGCCCCGAAUUCGUCGCAGUGAAAGCCUGAUUAAGUCGCGGUACAAGCCCGAUUAAGUACAAGCCCUGACGCAGGUCUGUGAGAAUCUGGUGUUUGGACAUGGAGGAGGGCGCCAUCAUGCUGCUGUCCAAUGUGACAUCUAUACCACCGACUGGUGGCGCGAUUACAGAAGUGACAGACAUGACGAACACUACUACGACGUUACCCGAAUCAUCCAGCUCCAUUGUUGUAAUCGUGGAACAGGUGCUUAUUGUGUUCGCGAUAAUUGCCAUUCACUUGGGGAUGGGCGGUGCGACUGACCAUUUGGAACUACGUGAUAACUUACGACGUCCGUGGGGAGUGGCUGCUGCAAUCGCCACGCAAUUUUUCUUAAUGCCAGCAGUUGCCAUGGCUUUAAUUUAUCUAUUCGAUCUAUCGUAUGGGUACGCUAUCGGGACUAUCAUUAUGGCGUCAAGUCCCGGUGGGGCACUGUCUAAUGUGCUUUCCUAUUGGUCUAAGAGUGACGUGUCAUUGAGUAUAUGCAUGACGACUUGCUCCUCGGCAUUUGCCUUCGUGGCUCUACCCGUACUGCUGUUGCUGUUUAGUGAGGUGUUCGCAAGUGACGAGACGAUUAAAGUUCCAUUCAAAAGCGUCGCAAUAACAUUAACUAUGAUAUUUGUGCCAUCCGCGUUGGGUGUACUGAUUCGAUAUAAAUCGUCUCGUAUAGGUGACGUCUUUGCUGAGGUAUGCAGCAUAGCUGGGUGCAUUGGCAUUGUCGCAUUCGUAAUCGUAAUGUUUGUUGAUUCUCCGGAAAUCAUAAACGCUUCGUACGAAGCUUACGUCGUCAGUUUGGCUUUGCCGCUGAUUGGGUUUUCGAUAGGAUACUUCUUAGCGACUUUGUUAAAGCAGAUCCCGUACAAGCGAAGAGCAGUUGCCAUAGAAACCGGUUAUCAGAACGUGGGCCUGGCUUUAGCCAUAUUCACAUUGUCGUACCAAGGCGAUCCGGUUAUUCUCGAAAUGCAGACGAUUCCAAUAUUUUAUGGUUUGGCGAGUACAUUGUAUGCCCUUAUCACUAUUGGUUUAUACAAACUGUAUUUAAGAAGAAAAGAGCGUGACGUAAUUGAAGAGAAAGUAGCUUUACUCGUGGACGACGAUAACUACGAUGAGACAAGCAGAAUAAAAGAUUUGUCCUAUGGAAGCACUUCCGGGGUAAAAGACGACUUUAAAGAAAGCAGGCCUUGAGAGAAGAUAGUGACUCUUUCGAACCUGACACUAAUUGCUAAAGACAUUACGCAUGCGUAGAUUUGUGUUACUUAUUAAUUUGAAUUUGCAUGUUGUCCGAAACUGAAACGGUUCUAUGCACAAGACAUUCGCCAAAUCAUGGAAGUACAAUGUAUAUCAAUUCAAGACUUUUGCUAUUGUCAUGGCAACGCUCGGAACUUGUGAAAUAAACAAGUAUAUCAAUCGAUUAUUUAUAAAUUAUAAUAUACAAAAAUAAUUGUAUCUGUAAAGUGAAGUACAAUGUGUCCGGAUUUGGUGUCAUUUUUUAGAUUUCCUGGCACAUUCUAAUGUUAUGACUGAAAGAUCCUUCCAAAUGUAAGAAAUCUUUACGAAAAUGAAAAACAAUCACAACAAUUACAUUUUUCUGCUUGCCUGCCAUAUUUACCUGGAAUUGUCAACAGUUACACUUAACAAUAUUGUCCAAGCUCGUAACGCGCACGUGUUAUGUGGGCACAUACCCACAUCCCUGCAGAUCACAUUUAUUGUAUCUUUAUUCUUUGAAUUGAUUGUCUUUAUGAAAACACUUCUCUUUGGACAUAUUCGUACCAUUACAUAUUAGGCUUACUUUAGGCUUGUGUGGGCACUUGAUGCUGACCUCUGGGCUUGGUCGUUUGGCAUAGGUCCGAACACAAACAUUGUUUUAUGUGCAUUGUUUUAUGUGACGUCUUCAAUCGAAUAAAGAUAUGCAGUUUAAUAUCACCACUA